CCCUGGGCGCUGCAUACGGCACAGCCAAGAGCGGCACGGGCAUCGCGGCCAUGUCUGUCAUGCGGCCGGAGCUGAUCAUGAAGUCCAUCAUCCCAGUGGUCAUGGCCGGCAUCAUCGCCAUCUACGGCCUGGUGGUGGCUGUGCUCAUCGCCAACUCCCUGAACGAUGGCAUCAGCCUCUACAGGAGUUUCCUCCAGCUGGGCGCCGGCCUGAGUGUGGGUCUGAGUGGCCUGGCGGCUGGCUUCGCCAUCGGCAUCGUGGGGGACGCUGGAGUGCGGGGCACCGCCCAGCAGCCCCGGCUCUUCGUGGGCAUGAUUCUGAUCCUCAUCUUCGCGGAGGUGCUGGGCCUCUACGGUCUCAUCGUCGCCCUCAUUCUCUCCACAAAGUAGCCCCUGUUCGAGCCCCCCAGCCACAGAAUCUGAUGUAAAGACCACCCCUCCUCAUUCCAGAACGAGCAGCCUGACACACACGCACGGGCCUGCCCCUCAGUAGUCGGUCUUGUAAACGCAGUGUCCUAGUGCCCAUCGUCGUCGCCCGGCCUUGCCCCCCGCCCGCCCCGUGCCGUGGACAUCUGGGCCCACUCACCCACCCUGGCCCCUGACCAGUGAGGACGCAGGCCUCGCCGCCCCACCCGCCCCGGAGUGCUCUGUGUAUAAGGAUGAGUUAGGCUCAUUUCCUCUUCACUGGGUGUUAUUUAUAAAAGAUUUGACCUGUUCAUGUGUCCGUGGAGCAGCCCUCGUCUCCCGACUAUAUAGUAAUCGUAGAGUGUUGCGUCGCGGGUUCCGGUUCGCUGAGACUAACUUGGACGGAACCACCCUCGGCCCGGGGCUGUGGCCCGGAGGGCGGUGUGCCCGGCCCGCCCCGCUGUGUCUAAUAAAGUUCUCGGAUGUGACAA